AAUCCGCAGCCGCAUCGAAGCAUUUAGCCAUUAGGGCGAUGGAGUCGUGAUGGGAAUUCACGGCAUCUACAAGGAGAUCGGCCCAGGACGGCGUGUAGCGCUCUCGAAGCUUGCCGUCGAGAAGUACGAGGAGACUGGCAGACCACUGCGCAUCGCUAUCGACACAUCGAUAUGGCUUUUCCAGAUCCAAGCUAGCAAAGGUGGCACCAACCCUGCCCUGCGAACCUUCUACUACCGCCUUCUGCGCCUCAUCGCCCUCGCCAUCCAUCCCAUCUUCGUCUUCGAUGGCCCUAACAAGCCGCCGUUUAAGCGUAACAAGCGCACGGGACCAAAUGUCGCCUCGAUACCCGCGUUCCUGGCCAAGCAGCUGCUGAAGCAGUUUGGAUACCCAAUACACUUUGCGCCUGGUGAAGCCGAGGCAGAGUGCGCCCUGCUGCAGCGAGAGGGCAUAGUGGACGCUGUGCUGAGCGAAGAUGUGGACACUCUCAUGUUUGGAAGCGGAAUCACAAUACGCAAUUGGUCACCAGAGAAGUCGGGCAAGACGCCAACACACGUCAACGUCUACGACGCCGUCGAAACGAAGAACGGACCCUCGGCCCUGGAUCGCGAGGGUAUGAUCUUGGUGGCGCUGAUGAGCGGCGGAGAUUACGUGCCUGAAGGGAUACCUGGGUGUGGACCAAAGACGGCUUGUGAGGCUGCAAAGGCUGGUUUUGGACGUGACCUGUGCAGCAUACCGCGCAACGACCCAGUGGCGCUGUCAGAAUGGAGCACGCGACUUCAGCACGAGUUGAAGACGAACGAGAGCAAGCAUUUCAAGCGCAAGCACGGUGCUCUGAAGAUACCUCAUGAUUUUCCUCGUCUCGACAUCCUUGGAUACUACACACAUCCUGCAGUUUCGACACAGACUGGCCUGGCCAAGCUACGACUGUCGAUCAAGUGGGAUCAGGAAAUCGAUUAUCCUGGUCUACGCGAAUUCACUGGAGAUGCAUUCGACUGGGUCAAGCUCGAAGGAGCGAAACACUUCAUACGUAGUCUUGCUCCAUCGCUUCUCAUCCGCGCCUUGCACACGCGAGCUACGCAGGCGGAUCGUCUGCCUGCCAGGAACACUCGAGCUGUUCAGGAGGACGAAGGACUGCUGGUGAAGGGCAUCCACGGUGAACGCCAGCACGCUGUCACUGACAAUAGCACCGAGCUACGCGUGAGUUUCACACCAAUCGAGCUGGUAAAGAUCAAUCUGGAAGACGAAGAACCCGACGACGAAUCUGAACUUCCACCCUCGUUGCAGCAAGGCGCCGGCGAGGACGAAGAUCUCCCUCUAGACUUAGAGGAUGAUGUAGAGGAUGGGCCCAAGAAGCGCGGUCCCACAAAGUUCGAUCCCUACAAAGCGGCCAGAGUAUGGGUUAUGGAGACUUUUGUCAAGGUCGGCGUGCCGCUGAAAGUGCAAGACUGGGAAGCCGAGCGACAGACAAAGCAGAAGCCUAGAAGGGCUGCGAGUCAAGACCCUGGCAAGGCUGCACCGAAGCCCAAGGCCACAGCAAGACGAACAAAAGCUGCACUAGAAGCCUCCCAGGCAGGCAUUCAGAGCUUUGCGAAAGUCACCAAACCCGGGUCAAGGCUGCUUCGAGCACCCUCGAAAGCACCGAACAAUAAUACGGAUCUAUCACCAGCCCGGCCGAAGGCUACGCUGGUCGACUUACUCUCCUCCUCGCCUGUGCGCCAGCAAAGCAAACCGCCCGCAAUAGCCUCACACCGAGAUAAGUCACUUUCUCCAGUAUUGGAGGACUUGCCAGCAAGCGUAACGAAGCGAAGACGACGAGCGCCUAUACAGCGCUCGAAGACACUUCCAGCUGAUUUGACUGCUGACAUCGAGCGCCCGUGUUCGCCGCCGUUACUGGAUACAAUCGAGAUAUUGGAUCUAGUCAGCUCCCCUGUGCAACCCUCCCCAUCACAAGCUCGCACUAAGAAGGCUAGGAUGCGGAUGACAAAGCCAAAACGUGGCGCAUCCGUGUCUGCUUCACCUGAAAAGGGAAGGCAGACCACGCUCGACACAUGGCGAGCUUCUCAAACACCGACGAAAUUACGACACACGACGAGCUUAUUCGACGACGCACCAAUACCCACACCAACGCAACUACGACGUUCUUCUGAUACCAUUGAUACCCUUGAUACCCUUGAUUUAACGCUCUCCUCACCUUUCAUAGCACCUUUCAUAGCAUCUUCACAACCAACACGAACACGCCCGCCACUGACCUCAUCAACGACUAACGCAUCAUGCUCCUCUUCUUCGUCGAGAUACUCGAGUAGUGAGAAGCAAACCACAAAGACAGCAGCUACGCGCCCACGACGCACCUCACCCCGUCUGAACAAGACCAAAGCUCCAACAUCAAAAAUAGACACCCUCGAUCUCACCCUCGAUCUCACCCUCGCUGAACCACAAACCAUGCAUAGCGCAGCACCUAAGACCAAAAACUCCACAGCUGUUGCAACUGCCUCGCCCGAAAUUGACAGUCUCGACCUCACCUCCCCGCACCCGCACCCCACUAUCUCCACAUCCCCAGACCUCGACUCCCUCGACCUGACAGGCCCUUCUUCACCAAUCCCUCCAGUUCGACAGUCACCAACACCUGUCAAGUCUCCCUUGCUACGCCGCUCGCCGCGGGCACACACUGAGCUCUCGCCAGAACCGCAACGGACGUCGCCUCCGGCGGCGUGGAAGGCGAAGGAGAAGAAGAAGAGGAGGCAGAUUAUGCUUAGGAAGAGUCUGGCGGGCGCGUGGGCGUAUGUGGAUGCUGAAAGUCCGGGGAAGGAUGGGGAGAAGGAUAAUGGUGUCGUGCUGAAGGGUAAGGAGAGGAGGAGGUGGAGGGAGAGCGAGGUCGAGGUUUUGGAUCUGAGCUGAGGAGUUAAUUUGAGGCGUACAUGGAGUUGAGACAGUGUAUGGGUUGCAUUUGGGUCUAGGGGUUGACCUGGGCUCAAGAUCAAUAUCCCCUUUCAACGAUUGUCUCGUCUUCACACUGUUACUUGCGAGUUCUGUGGCACGAGAUAUUCGCAUAACGUAACGGGGUAUUGAAGCGCUGGAUUCAUGUCAGCCAAUGUCCAGGUGUCCCAGAUAUGUACUCCUCCUGCCCUUUUUAUGUUUCCUGACAGCGUCUUACAUUUCGAUUGAAGUUGUCCUUGCGCUUAUACACUUUGCCUCUGAUCGUGCAGUGCGCAUUGGAGCACACAAACUUCGCUCCCGGCUGCGAGUAGACGGUGGUCUAAUGACGAUAUAGGUCUACGCGAAGGUUGAAGGCCGAGUCACAG